AUGCGAGUACCGCAGAACAAACUGCAGAGAGUCAAGGCCGCUGUGCAUCUUGCACAAGCCGUACUCGUCUUCGUUGCAGGAUGCCUCACUCUCGCUGUCAUGACCAAGGACGGCGGAUACGGAGGACAAGUCGGCUACUACUUUGCUCUGUGCUUCAUCACGAUCCCCGCCAUCCUCUACCAAGUCAUGGUGCCAAUGUGGACUCGAGCCUGGAGACUGAACAACGUCUGGGCGAUUGCGACCAUCGACAUCCUCUUCACACUACUCUGGUUCGCAGCAGCGAUAGCGGUAGCAGUCUGGAACGCCAACGGCCUGGCGGCGGGGAAAGAGACGAGCAGGGAUAGCGAUUCAGACAAGACAAUUACGAAGCGGGAUACGAAGAAGGAUGGCACAUGCGCUUCCUUUGGCUACGGCAGCAAGAGCAAGUGCGAAGUCAGCAAAGCGAACGUGGGUUUCGGCAUAAUCAUCAGCCUCUUGUUCGGCGUCUGCAGCUACAUUGCUAUUCGCGCGGUGAUUGAGUACCGUCGCACUGGAGUCGUCCCGGGCAAUUCGAGCAGCCUUCCGAAGAACCAUGGCGCUGGAAUUUCCAGUGAAGACGACGCCGACGACAAGGUCUGGUCAACCAAUACCAGCGACCUGAACAAUCCCGAGGACCGCUUUGCGUACGGCCAAGCAGACCCUGAAGACCGAACAGGACUACUGAAUGACCACUCCGACGACGCACAUCAAACUGCCAAUGGCAUGGCGCACCCUGGAAGGCGACCAAGUUGGGAGAGCCAGACUGCACAAAUACCGCCAUCUUACGACUCUGGCUUUGCGCCAUCAGCUCUGAGUCCCACGGGACCGCCGACAGGAGCAUUGCCAGGCGGAAGAGUGCAGUUCCCGGAAGCAAACUACGGCAGGAUUUGA